AUGCUAACAGCGUCGUCACCUGCAAAGACACAGACGGAACGCAUCAAAAUCAUUAGGCCCAGUGGUAUGACACUGGGCCAAUUGCACACGCUCAUAGAGUAUGAGCCGACGAUACGAACCCCCUUGGAAACUGUUGCAAGCGAUUUCGCAGAGGUGCUCGGUGAACAGGUGGUGCUAACUCGCGGCGCUGAGGUGGUUGAAAAAGCGCCACCGGUCAAACGGGACGUGCUAGGAGAAUGGUUGACCAGCUCUGGUGGCGGUGGCGGUGGCGGUGGUAUUCUGACGCAGCUGCCGGCCUCACAGCGCUUCACCACAGCACCCGACGCGGCGCCGCUGGUGCUGCUGUCGGGCUCUUUCAACCCGUUGCACGAAGGGCAUCGCCAGUUGCUCGAGGCGGCACGGAAAAUGGUGGCGUGGGAUGCUCGUGGCGGCUUUGAAAUAUCCGUGCUCAACGCGGACAAGGGGGCUAUCUCCGAGGGGGAACUGCACCAACGCCUGCGCCAGUUCGCAGGCUAUCGACCCGUGACCCUUACCAGAGCACCGCUGUUUACCGACAAGGCAAAGAUUCUUCCUGGACGAGUUUUCGUCAUCGGAGUCGAUACGAUGCUACGGCUCGUCGAUGCACGAUACUACGGAGGCAACGAAACGAAGAUGCGCGAGGCGCUCGAGGAAAUCGAACGCUGCGGUUGCCGCUUUCUGGUAGCGGGACGCAAGGACCCGCGCGCUCCAAACCAGAACGACGCCCCGUUCCUGACCCGUGACGACGUCAGCAUCCCACUGGGGCUCGAGUCGCUCUUCGGCAGCAUUCCAGAACGACUGUUCCGGGUCGAUUUGCGGUCAACAGAUUUGCGCGAGGCGUUUACGCGCUCCUAA